AUGUCAAGGUCGGUCCAGCGCCUGAGAGCUCCCUGCUGGCCGGUGAAUCAGAACUGAAAGCGUCUCUUCCUCCUGUCCAGCUUCCUGCAGCAAGCUUCGCCCGUGACCCAGAAUUUGUCGAGCUCGUCCCACCCCGUGCAACGCACGCUCGCUCGCCUCGCCGACGACUUCAACGCCUGGCUCGUCGACCAUCAGCUCUUUGUUGCUAUUCAAAUAGUUGUACGUCUUGUGAACUUGAUGGCAUUAGAUCCUUGAUGUUUUCCAUGCACUGACCUCGUACUCUCUCCCCGGCUCCGUUUCUCCUCUCCACCGUGCCGUUGCCCCCCCUUGCCCCACUCCGCCCAGGUCCUCUCCGGCCUCUUCUUCUGGUACAUCACCCUCCCCGUCGAACCUACCCCGAUCCCCGACCUCUCUGACCUCGACCCAGGAACCAAGAUGGCCGCCGCCGUCAAGCCGUUUUCCACCGACGACAUCAAGCUCGAUCCCCCCAAGGAUGACCCCAUCACCGUUGAAGAGUUGAAACAGUACGAUGGUACGCAUGCCGAUAAGGGGAUUUACGUGGCGAUCAAGGGGACCGUGUUUGAUGGUCAGUGACUCUGAUCUAUGGACCGCCAGAAGGAAGAUGAUCAUCGGGAAAAGCUUGCUAAUGUGGGCAAGGAGCGUUCGCACAGUCUCGGCCAAAAAGGACAUGUAUGGCCCUGGGUGUGGCUACCAUGUGGGUGAACCUGGCACUUGAGGGGUAUAUUUCUGCGUGACUGAUCUGUUUAUCGUGUUACGGUCUCGCGCACCAGAUCUUCACGGGUAAAGACGCGUCGUGUGCACUGGGCAAGUCGUCGCUCAAGAUAGAGGAUGCCGAUCCGGAUUACUCCAAGUUGAACGAGGAGGAGAUGAAGGUGUUGGAUGACUGGUUCAAGUACUUUGCCAAGGUCGGUCUUACGCUGGUGUUGGUCUACGCUCGCCGGAGUAAAGUCGCUGAUUACUCGGCUCGGCCUUCCCUUUUUAAUCCCCGAGCAGAGGUACAACAUUGUCGGCAAGGUGGUGCAAUAA